UGCACCGCAUGAACGGAGGCUGAUGAUGAAUAUAAAACACAUCAGGUUCGUCAUAUAAUGGGGAUCGAGGACGCGAGCAUGAGGAACGGACGGGCUCUGUCCGAUCAGUGGGCCGACAGCGUGGUGGUCCGGCCCCGGACGACCGAACAGCACAUCACUGUUCACAAGAGGCUGGUGUUGGGCUUCGCCAUCUCCAUCCUCACCCUCAUCAUCGUCACGGCCAUCGCCAUCACGCUUAGCGUCAGCUUCGAGAGAUGCGCCGCGGAGAGCAGCGGAGCUCUGGCCGCGAACGGCUCCAGCAACAGUAAGUGGAAACAGUCCCGGGACGGGAACAUCAGUCACAGAGACACAGAGGACGGCCAGCAGCCCUGGAGACACCUUCGCUUACCGGCCACCCUGCGCCCGCGCCACUACGACCUCCGACUGUCCGUGAACAUGGAGAACUUCAGCUUCUCCGGCGAGGUGAACAUUGAGUUUGAAUGCGUCAACUCCACGAAGUUGAUCGUGCUGCACACGGACCGGCUGGAGGUGGAGAAAGUGUUGGUGUUUUCGGACAGUAAGAAAGCGGGCGUCAUGAGGAUCCAGCGCCGCUUCCACUAUCAGCCCAAGCAGGUGUUUGUGAUCGCGCUGCACAGAGAGAUGAAGCCCCUCAGAACAUACAAGAUCAACAUCACCUUUCACGCGCACAUCGAGCACGAGCUCUUGGGCUUCUUCCGAAGCUCUUACGUGCUGAAUGGAGAAAGAAGGUUUCUUGCGGUGACACAGUUCUCACCGACCCACGCUAGAAAGGCCUUCCCGUGUUUCGACGAGCCCAUCUAUAAAGCCACAUUCAGAGUGAGUCUGAAACACGAGAGCUCGUAUCAAUCUCUGUCCAACAUGCCAGUGGAGUCUUCCAUGUCUGAGGAGGACGGAUGGGUGACCAACCAUUUCUCCAGGACGCCCCGCAUGUCCACGUACUACCUGGCCUGGGCCGUGUGUAACUUCACCUACAGAGAAGCAGUUACAGACAACGGAGUCGUGAUUCGGCUGUACGCCAGGCCUGACGCCAUCCAGAGCGGAUCGGGAGACUACGCUCUGCACAUCACCAAGAGACUCCUGCAGUUUUACCAGGAUUACUUCAAAGUCAAAUAUUCCCUCCCGAAAUUAGAUCUCCUGGCGGUGCCGAAGCAUCCGUAUGCAGCCAUGGAGAACUGGGGCCUGAGUGUGUUUGUGGAGCAGAAGAUCUUGUUGGAUCCUGACGUCUCCUCCUUCUCCUAUCAGAUGGAGCUCACCAUGGUGGUGGUGCAUGAGAUCUGCCAUCAGUGGUUUGGCGAUCUAGUCACGCCGGUUUGGUGGGAGGACGUUUGGCUGAAGGAGGGAUUCGCUCAUUACUUCGAGUACAUCGGGACUGAUUUCCUCUUUCCAAAGUGGAACAUGGAGAAGCAGAGGUUUCUGACUGAUGUUCUUCAUGAGGUGAUGUUAUUGGACGGUUUGGCCAGUUCUCAUCCGAUCUCUCAGGAAGUGUUUGAAGCCACAGACAUCGACAGAGUGUUUGACUGGAUCGCAUAUAAGAAGGGAGCCGCUCUGAUCCGGAUGCUAGCGAACGUCAUGGGACAGACGCUAUUCCAGAGAGGCCUCAAUGAUUACUUGAUGACGCACAUGUAUGGGAACGCGGCGCGAGAUGACUUGUGGAACAAAUUCUCAGAGGCCUUGCAGCGGGAGGGAAAGGACAUCAACAUCACGCAGGUCAUGGACCGCUGGACCCUGCAGAUGGGCUACCCUGUCGUCACCAUCAGCAAGAACGACAGUCUUGACAAUAGUGUCACCAUCUCCCAAGAGCACUUUGUCUACGACACGGACGCCAAGAUCCAGAAUCCUGAGCUGUUCAACAAAAGCUUUCAGUGGCAGAUACCGCUGACGUUCGCAGUGGGAAACUCCAGUCACAUAUCAACAGAGACCAUCAUGUGGGUCGCCAAUAAAACAGAGAGGCACAGAGUGGGUCACAUGGGCGGCGAGACGUGGUUGCUGGGCAACAUCAAUCAAACGGGAUACUUCCGAGUGAACUACGACCUCCACAACUGGAGACUUCUCAUUCAACAGCUGAUGAGCAACCCAAAGAUCAUCUCGGUGGGCAACAGGGCCGGUCUGAUCGACGAUGUCUUCAACCUGGCGAGAGCGGGGUAUUUGCCCCAAAACGUCCCCUUGCAGAUGAUCUCAUAUUUGUCUCAGGAGAGCGAGUUUCUGCCCUGGCACGCUGCUAGUCGAGCUCUUUACCAGCUGGACAAACUCCUGGACCGCACUGAAGACCACAGCCUGUUCAGCGACUAUGUUCUAAGACAGGUGGAACCAAAGUAUCACAAGUUGGGCUGGCCAAGCACUUCCCCUGACGGCUCCUUCAUGCAGGCGGCUUAUCAGGCCGAAGAGUUGCAGAGAGAGGUGAUCAUGCUGGCCUGCAGUUUUGGAAGCAAACACUGUCACCGCCAAGCUGUGACUCUCAUUUCAGACUGGAUUUCCAGCAACAAGAACAGGAUUCCACCUAAUGUGCGGGACAUUGUGUACUGCACAGGCGUGUCUCUGAUGGAUGAGGACGUGUGGGAGUUUAUCUGGAUGAAGUUUCACUCCUCUACAGCCAUCUCUGAGAAGAAGGUUCUUCUGGAGGCCUUGACCUGCAGUGGCAACGUCUUCCUACUCAACAGGCUCCUGAAUCUGUCCCUCACCUCUGACCUGGUGCCGGAUCAGGACGUGAUCGAUGUCAUCAUACAUGUUGGCCGCAAUCCGCUAGGAAGACAUUUAGCAUGGAGAUAUUUCCGUGAGAAGUGGGACAUAUUGAAUUCCAGGUAUGGAGAAGCUUUAUUUAUGAACUCAAAAUUAAUCAGCGGCGUGACGGAGUUUCUCAACACUGAGGCCGAGUUGAAUGAGCUGAAAGAGUUCAUCCUGACCAGCGGGGGAGAGUCGGCACCUGCGUUCGCUCGAGCCGUUGAGAUCGUUCAAGCUAAUGUAAAAUGGCACAUCCUGUUCCAGCAGCAGUUUUACCGAUGGCUGCGAAAAGCUCCUGACGGUUAACACAACAUUAAGCAUGGAGCGAUCUAUUAGCAUGAAACGUCUACCAGACAUGUCGUGGCCAGUGACGUGGGGACACCUACGUGAUAUUAAAAAUAACUUUUAUGGACUCUGAAAAGCAGCAAAUUUGAACUUUUCUUUUUUCUUUUGAAACGACAAGGCAAUGACUGACCAAUACAAGUUCCCAGAGAACAACAGUGCCAAAACACACUUACUACACCAAUAGAAGAGACCGUAAAAAGGGGGAGGAGAUGGACAACUAGUAGAAAAUAAAUGGAAGAAAUUGCAACACUGAAUAUGGUAACAGAAGGACUGGAAGUUCCACUUUUAUUUUGAAAAGAGCCAUCUGGGCUUCUUUUUACUCUAGAAGGAGCAUGUGCUUUGAAUGGAUCAGGCUGGGGAAAAAAGUUUUUAAAGUGAUGUGAGUUAAAGAGGCAAAUGUGUGAUCCUGCUUUCGUCCAGUUUUAUUCAUAAUGUGAAAUACGAGUUAUUCGUGAAACAAUCUUGGCAGUUUGAAAAUUUCAGUCUUUCCCCUUUCAGGCAGUUUCAGGAGCUGCGCCUUUAUAACCUACAAAAGAAAGAAAAUGGCCUUAAAUGGCCUUUGUCUACACUCACUACAUUCUCCCUAAAGACUGCUGCUGUUCUCAGAUGGAACAAAGACUCUUUUUAAAGUUGAAAUUUCAGCAAAAAGCUGCUCCUUGCUUUUCUUGCACAAUCACACCAUUUUAUUGACUUAUAUUUUUUACAAUAUCAAAUGAGGCCAUAUCUACCUUCAUCAAACAGUCAAAUAAAGACAACUGCAGCUUGCUCGCGGAUCCAUCAUUUAUCAUGGACAAACACGGGCUUGUCUGAUUAAGGGUCAGUGCUAAGGAAUUCUUAAAGGUGCCUAUAUUUGGUUUCUGUGGUCAGAAGUGGAUUGAAGAUGAGUUUAUACAGUGAAGAUUCAAAAAUAUUGACACAUGAUGAUUAUAUAACUUGAAGAAUAUGCAUACAUGUAUGUAUGUUCAUCUGUAUAUAUUUAUACAAAGUUAAAUUACAUAUGGGUCAAAGAUG